ACAAGAAAAAGUUCUUAAUUUUUGUACUUAAGUUGGUAAGUAGUUUCUUCAACUUAUCAUCAAUGGGGAUUCCAGUUGUUGAUUUCUCAAAGGUUAAUGGAAAGGAGAGAGCCGAUACUCUAGCUCUGAUUGAUCAUUACUGUCAAGAGUGGGGAUUCUUUCAGUUAAUCAACCAUGGCAUCUCUGAGGAGCUCUUGGAUAGGGUGAAGAGGGUGGCCACUGAAUGCUAUAAAUUGGAAAGGGAGGCAGAUUUCAGAAACUCAAAACCGGUGCAGUUGCUGAAUGAGCUGCUAGAAAAGAAUAGUGAUGCGAAAAUAGAGAAUGUGGAUUGGGAGGAUGUUUUCCUACUCUCAGAUGAAAAUGAUGAGGAGUGGCCAUCAAAAACUAUUGGUUUCAAGUAA